AUGUCGAAUGAUCCAAAGGUACAUCCGUCUGAUAUUUUUUCCCUAAGGACUAUAAUUAUUGAUAAUUAUGAUUCUUAUACUUUUAAUUUGCUACAACUUUGGGAUAAUGAAAAAAGUAUUGAAAACGUAGUAGUUAUCCGCAAUAAUCAAUUUUCUUGGAAUUACUUUAAAGAAAAUAUAUUCCCGUAUUUCGAUAAUAUUAUAAUAUCACCUGGACCAGGUAGACCGGAAACCCCUUCCGAUUUUGGAAUAUGCACCAAUAUAAUAAAGGAAUUGAAUGAUAUUCCUAUACUUGGUGUAUGUUUAGGACACCAAGGAAUAGGUGUUACUUUCGGUGGUCAGAUAACAAAUGCUAAAACAAUUAUGCAUGGGAGAUUAAGUCCUGUCUAUCAUGAAGGAGGAGAUGAUCCUAUGUCUUUAUAUUAUAAGAUUCCAAAUCCAUUCUCGGUUGUUAGAUAUCAUAGCUUAAUUGUUGAAAAUAAAAAUAUGCCGCCAGAAUUAACGAUUUCAGCUUGGUGUUCUGAAGAUAGUAGCAUAUUGACACCUCCUUUAAAAGAAUCUAGUACGAUUAUGGGCUUGAAUCAUAUUAAUAAACCUAUUUAUGGCGUUCAAUUUCAUCCCGAGGCAUGGUUUGCUAAUUCUUUAUUAUCAAUCUGCACUGAAAAUGGGUAUCAAUUGCUCAGGAAUUUUCUGAUGAUUUCUAGAGUAUUUUUAGAAAGGCAUGGGGUAACAUUUCCUCGUACAACUCUUCCAUCGCAUAUUUUGUCUCAUUCGGUUUUACCAAAAAAACCGCAUAUGUUUAAGCCUUUGACAUCAAAAAGCGAUACUGAAUAUUGCUUGAUAUUAAAGAAAUUAGAAAGAAAGUUAUGGAUUGAUUCUCCACUGGUUUUUCAACAUAUUGUAGCAGCUGAUCAAUCCACUGUUGGAACAUGGUGGUUGGAUAGUGCAAGGCAACCUGAUAGAGUAAAUAGAUUUUCAUUUAUGGGAUCGACGCCAGAAAGUUCAAAUUCAUUUUCAACAUUUUAUUCAACGCUUAAUAAAGAACUUUUAGUUAUAUGUUCGAAUGGAUCAGUAAUUAAUAAAAAAAUGGAAGAUAAUCAAACAUUUUGGGAUUGGAUGUCAGAAACCAUAAAACAUUUUAAUCAGCGUAUGGGAAACUUAAAGAUAUUGCACGAUGAUGGAACUUUACAAAAUGUUAGAGAGCAAACAAUUCCUUUUGAUUUUAGAUUGGGAAUGGUGGGUUAUUUUGGCUAUGAGAUGAAAAGGGAGUCAUUACCGAAUUAUACAAUUUCAACAGAUCAAUAUUCUGAUAUUCCAGAUUCCGCAUUUGUUUUUGCAACUCAAGCAAUUAUAUUUGAUCAUUUAGAGAGGCAAAUUUGGUUAGCAGGAUUAGUUCGACCUAAAGUCGAUUAUGUGGACAAUAAUUUAGGAAUACACCCAGGGCUUGAUGAUUAUAAAUCAUGGACAGUGUCUAUUGAGGAAAAAUUACGUAAUUUGGAUAAUUUGAUGUCUAGUUCUAAACAAACUCUGCUUAAAAAAGAUAUUCAAAAUGAGAAAGUCUCUUUUUCGGGUCAACCUUCAUUUACACCAGAUAUGAAACAAGAUGAUUAUAUAAGGGCAAUAGAAAAAGCACGUUCGUACAUACAUGAAGGACAAAGUUAUGAAUUGUGUCUAACAACACAAUUUAGAGCAAAUUUAGCAAAUGUACCGAAAAAAUUAGACGACAAUUGGGUAGAACUUUAUCAAUGUAUUAGGUCAUUUAAUCCAGCGCCUUUUUCGGCAUUAUUAUCUUUUCCAAGCAAAGAUAUAUGUAUAAUGAGUUCAUCGCCUGAGAAAUUUUUGCAAAUUGAUAAUGAAGGAGUUAUGGAAAUGAAGCCUAUUAAAGGAACUGUUGCAAGAGCAAGAGGAUGUUGUUGUUUAAAUUUGAAAGAAUGCGAUAAAGGAACUUUGUGUGAAUCGAAACGAAAGGAAGAAGAUAUGAAAAGGAUGCGUCUUCUUGAAGGAGAUAUUAAAGAACGUUCAGAGAAUUUAAUGAUUGUGGAUUUGAUUCGUAAUGAUUUAACACAUAUAUGCCAACCGAGUACAGUGCAAGUCCCUUACUUAAUGAAAGUUGAAUCAUAUGAGUCUGUACAUCAACUUGUAACUACAGUUAGAGGACAAUUGAGAGAAGAUUUAGAUUGCGUUAAAGCCAUAAGAGAAUGCUUUCCUCCGGGAUCAAUGACAGGAGCCCCAAAAUUACGAUCUGUUCAAUUAUUAGAUGAAUUAGAACAAAAUAAACCAAGAGGUGUUUAUUCCGGGUGUUUAGGUUAUAUUUCUUUGCAGGAUGGUAAUGGUCAAAAGAGAGGAACCUCUCAGUUCAAUGUUGUUAUUAGAACGGCUAUUAUUCGUAUCGAAAAGGACGAAGUAACAGUUGGUGCAGGUGGAGCUAUUGUUUAUCUUUCAAAUGCUGAAUCAGAAUGGAAUGAAGUUGAGUUAAAAUCACAAUCAAUAAUUCCAAGGUAA